AUGUUCCUGGCCUCAAAACUGCAAGAGACAGUACCCCUGAGCGCCAGCAAGCUAUGCAUUUAUGCUGACAAUGCCAUUACAGUGUCAGAGCUCCUGGUAAACACAAGAUUUGUUUACAAGUUCCAUUUGCUUUCGCCAUAAGAAUACUAAAAUGUCUGAUACAAAUGAUGAGCUUUGACUCAAUAAGUGUGUUAUUACUUUGUUUGUUAUAGCAGGUUGAAUACACUGUAAUUUUGGUUCUGUUUUCAGUCAGUGGGAGCCUGUUUUCUGUUAAUGUAAUAGCCUACAUAUGUAUUUAUCUGUUAUGCAGCAGUUGGAGCUUGUGGUUGAUUUAAUGUAAUGUGUGUGUUUUGCAGCAGUGGGAACUUGUGGUGGUGGCAGGGUUAGAGUGGGACUGGCUUCUGUGUUAUCCUCUGACUUCCUGGAGCCAAUUCUUCAUGGCAUACCCAUAAUCCCUCACAACCUCCAUGCCUUGUGCAGGCAUGUCCACUCCUUCAUUGCACUGGCAGCCACAGGUAGGGGCAGACAUUUGGUAACUCUUGGCGAGGUGUGACUGUUGCUAUUAGCAAUGCAGAAACAUUUAGGCCUACAAGUCAAGUAUUUUAGGAAGCACCCACCAGUAGCUAUUAUCACAGAAAAAUGAACAUCUCAUUGUUAUUCUAUGUGAUAGGUGCAUGGCACUUCUUUGAUGAAUGAUGAUAAUAGCUUGUGUUUAAUUUAUUCAAAUAAAUCAUGCAGCCCUGUGUGUGGCAAUCAAAGAGCACACAGCAGCCAUAACUUUGAUUACGAUGUGUCAGCGGUUAAUUUGGGAGACGGGGGGAUGAGUUUGUGUAUUCCGGUAUUAUGCGGUGUGAUAAGACCUAUGCCCGUACAUUCAACUGCCUGAUUUUCCACGAAUCUCACUCGAGGUUGCCAGAGGCAACCAGUCACUGGGAUACAGUCAAGGCCAUUUUGACUCGGCUGUUUCAUUGUAUCUGGAUUCGGCCCAUUCCUGACUCCUGGCUUUGAAACCUAUUCUAUGAGGCGUGGAUAAAAGGAUUGCCUGAGACUGAUUCAUUGUCUCAUUAUCUUGGGUGUUGGAUUUUCAGGUUUUGGGAAACGUCCGUAUUUAAGCACUUCCUACUGUCUGUCUGUCUGUCUGUCUGUCAGGGCGGGUCUAUAAUGGCGGCAUUCCUCUACUCCUAUGGGAUCCUGCCUCAGGGAUUAAGGAUGUAUGCUGCUCCCAAAUCACUAACUCCCAAUUGUUAAAUACAUUAUUUUCUAUUGCAUACCCUGGUAUUAUGUUCCUUGUCCACAAAGUGGGUCUGACAACUGCUCUGUCAUCUAAGCAGAUUAGUAUAAAAGACUGGUCAAACCUAUAGGUAUUCCGUUUCCGCUGAUCUCUUGUGUAUCUCCCUGUCUUUAGAGUAUAAGUUCUCUGUGUUCCUGCCCUCCACUAUUGCCUGUGCCAGUGUGGGCGCUGCCAUUCGCAGACUGAAGCUCCUGGAUGGAGCUCUAUCCAAUGAUUCACUCAUGCAGCUGCUAGCAAACGUCUUGACCAUUGAUCUGGUGAGGCCAAUAUUUAACUAGAAACCUGCUGCUCCUUCUUUAAACCUUGUCUGUUUCCUCAUCAAACAAAUGUAUAUGUAAUCUCGCUUUCCGUAGCCGAUAUGAGUAAGACCUUAAAACAGGUUAACAUUCGCAAUGUCGCGGGGCCAGAUGGAAUACCAGGACGAGUACUCAGAGCAUGGGCUGACCAGCUGGUAAGUGUCUUCACUGACAUUUUCAACCUAUCCCCGACCUGGUCUGUAAUACCAACUUGUUUCAUGCAGACCACCAUAGUCCCCGUACCCAAGAAUGCCAAGGUAACCUGCAUAAAUAACUAUCGCUCCGUAGCACUCACAUCUAUAGCCAUGAAAUGCUUUGAGAGGCUGGUCAUGGCUCUCAUCAACACCAUCAUCCCAGACACCUUGGACUCACUCCAAUUCGCAUACUGCCCCAACAGAUCCACAGAUGACGCAAUCUCUAUUGCACUCCACACUGCCCACACCCACGUGGACAAAAUUAAUACCUAUGUAAUGCUGUUCAUUGACUACAGCUCAGCAUUCGACAACAUAGUCCCCUCCAACCUCAUCACCAAGCUCAGGACCCUGGCGGGUCGCCCACAGGCAGUGAGAGUAGGCAACAACACAUCCACCAUGCUCAACACAGGGGCCCCUCAGGGUUGUGUGCUCAGUCCCAUCCUGUACUCCAUGUUCACCCACGACUGCGUGGCCGCGCACGACUCCAACACCAUCAUCAAGUUUGCUGACGACACAACGUGGUAGAACUGAUCACCGAUGACAAUGAAGCAGCCUAUAGGGAGGAGGUGAGACACCUGACAUUGUGUGGACAACAACCUCACCCUCAACGUCAGCAAGACAAAGCAGCUGAUUGUGGACUACAGGAAACGGAGGGUCGAGCACGCCCCCGUCAACAUCGAUGGGGCUGUAGUGGAGCGGGUUGAGAGCUUCAAGUUCCUCCAUGUCCACAUCACUAAGGAAUUAACAUGGUCCACACACACCCACACAGGUUGUGAAGAGGGCACGACAGCGCCUAUUCCCCCUCAGAAGACUGAAAACAUUUGGCAUGGGCCUUCAGAUCCUCAAAGAAUUCUACGGCUGCACUAUUGAGAACAUCUAGAAUGGCUGCAUCAUCGCUUGGUACGGCAACUACAAGGCACCCGACCACAAGGCGCUACAGAGGGUGAUGAGUACGUCCCAGUACAUCACUGGGGCCGAGCUCCCUGCCAUCCAGGACCUCUAUAGCUUGCGAAGAUAAUUUAGACGAAUACACUGAAACGGUGACUGAGUUUAUCAGGAAGUGUAUAGGAGAUGUUGUGCCCACUGUGACUAUUAAAACCUACCCUAACCAGAAACCGUGGAUAGAUGCCAGCAUUCACGCAAACCUGAAAGCACGAACCACCGCAUUUAACCAUGGCAAGGUGACUGGGAAUAUGGCAGAAUACAAACAGUGUUGCUACUCCGUAAGGCAAUUAAACUGGCAAAACAUCAGUAUAGAGACAAAGUGGAGUCGCAAUUCAACGGCUCAGACACGAGACAUAUGUGGCAGGGUCUACAGACAAUCACGGACUACAAAAUGAAAACCAGCCAUGUCGCAGACACCGACGACUCGCUUCUGGCUCAGAGCAUGCGCAGACCAGCUGGCUGGUGUGUUUACGGACAUAUUCAAUCUCUCCCUAUCCCAGUCUGCUGUCCCCACAUGCUUCAAGAUGGCCACCAUUGUUCCUGUAACCAAGAAAGCAAAGGUAACUGAACUAAAUGACUAUCGUCCCGUAGCACUCACCUCUGUCAUCAUGAAGUGCUUUGAGAGACUUGUCAAGGAUCAUAUCACCUCUACCUUACCUGUCACCCUAGACCCACUUCAAUUUGCUUUCCGCUCCAAUAGUUCCACAGACGAUGCAAUCGCAAUCACACUGCCCUAUCCCAUCUGGACAAGAGAAAUACCUAUGUAAGAAUGCUGCUCAUUGACUAUAGCUCAGCAUUCAACACCAUAGUACCCUCCAAGCUCAUCAUUAAGGCCCUGAACCCCGCCCUGUGCAACUGGGUCCUGGACUUCCUGAUGGGCUGCCCCCAGGUGGUGAAGGUAGGAAACAACAUCUCCACUUCGCAGAUCCUCAACACUGGGGCCCCACAAGGGUGCGUGCUCAGCCCCUUUCUGUACUCCCUGUUCAUCCAUGACUGAGUGGCCAAGCACGCCUCCAACACAAUCAUCAAGUUUGCAGACGACACAACAGUAGUAGGCUUGAUUAACAACAAUGAUGAGACAGCCUAGAGGGAGGAGGUGAGGGCUCUGGGAGUGUGGUGCCAGGAAACUAACCUCUCACUCAACGUCAACAAAACAAAGGAGAUGAUCGUGGACUUCAGGAAACAGCAGAGGGUGCACCCCCCCCUAUCCACAUCGACGGGACCACAGUGGAGAAGGUGGAAAGCUUCAAGUUCCUUGGAAUACACAUCUCUGACAAACUGAAAUGGUCCACCCACGCAGACAGUGUGGUGAAGAAGGCGCAACAGAGCCUCUUCAACCUCAGGAGGCUGAAGAAAUUUGGCUUGGCACUUAAAACCCUCACAAACUUUUACAGAUGCACAAUUGAGAGCAUCCUGUCGGGCUGUAUUAUCGCCUGGUACGGCAACUACACCGCCUGCAACCGCAGGGCUCUCCAGAGGGUGGUGCGGUCUGCUGAACGCAUUACCGGGGGCAAACUACCCGCCCUCCAGGACACCUCCAGCACCUGAUGUCACAGGAAGGCCAAAAAGAUCAUCAAGGACAUCAACCACCCGAGCCACUGCCUGUUCACCCCGCUAUCAUCCAGAAGGCGAGGUCAGUACAGGUGCAUCAAAGCUGGGACCGAGAAAAUGAAAAACCGCUUCUAUCUCAAGGCCAUCAGACUGUUAAAUAGCCAUCACUAGCACAUUAGAGGCUGCUGCUGCGUAUUGAAAUCACUGGCCACUUUAAGAAAUGGAACACUAGUCACUUUAAUAAUGUUUACAUAUCUUGCAUUAUUCAUCUCAUAUGUGUAUACUGUAUUCUAUAAUAUUCUACUGUAUCUUAGUCCAUGCCGCUCUGUCAUUGCUUGUCCAUAUAUGUAUAUAUUCUUAAUUCAUUCCUUACUUAGAUUUGUGUGUAUUGGGUAUAUGUUGUGAAAUUGUUAGAUAUUACUUGUUAGAUACUAUUGCACUGUCGGAGCUAGAAGCACAAGCAUUUCGCUACACCCGCAAUAACAUCUGCUAAACACGUGUAUGUGACAAAUAAAAUAUGAUUUGAUGAUUUGAUUUAUACCAGGCAGUGUCAGAGGAAGGCCGUAUUUGUUUUAAAAGACUCCAGCCAUCCAAGUCAUAGACUGUUUUCUCUGCUACCGCAUGGCAAGCGGUACCAGUGCACCAAAUCUGGAACCAACAGGACCCUGAACAGCUUCUACCCCCAAGCUAUAUGACUGCUAAACAAUACAUAUUUUGCAGAACUUGCACUGACUCUAUGCACACACACUGGACUCUACCCACACACUCACACAGACUUACACUGACACCCCAACACACACAUACACACACUACAUAUGCCCAUAAACACAUAACAUGCGCACACAUGCAUACUGACGCCAUACACAAAUUCACACACACACACACACAUAUGCUGCUGCUACUGUCUAUUGUCUAUCCUGUUGCCUAGUUACUUUACCCCUACCUAUAUGUACAUAGCUACCUCAAUUACCACGUACCCCUGCACAUCGACUCGGUACUGGUACUCCCUGUAUAUAGCCAUGUUAUUUUUUUACUUAUUGCUUUUCGUUAUUCACUGUGUAUUUAUUCCUAGUGUCACUAUUUCUAUUUUUAUCUUUAUCUUUAACUCUGCAUUUUUGGAAAACAACCUGUAAGUAAUCAUUUCACCCUUAGUCUACACCUGCUGUUUACGAAGCAUGUGACAAAUAACAUUUUAUUUUAAAAAUAGAUAUAUUUGUAUUUUCCUUGUUUGUCUGGCUUCUCCCUGGAAGUACAAUCUAGUCGUUCACUCUACAAGGUGAAGAAAAAAGGCUGCCUUUAUUCAAUAAGGAAGCAAACUGGUUUUGAAACAAAUAGUACAAAUGUCAUUGUUUUCUCUGGGCCUUGGUUGGUGAGGACUCUGGAGUUUGAUGUUUUCCAGCUUUUCAUUUCCCCCUUCUUAGACACUUUCUUUACUGCGCUGUGCCCAAACAGGAGUCUCUCUGCUGCUGCUCUGACCAGUUGGAGGGUUUGCUGGAGCUCAGCCUGCCUCCCUACCCCCAGGCACCAGGGGCUUGCCGUUCAGGGAUGCCCGGCCCAGAGGUCAGCUAGACCCCCACUGACAUCCAAGACCUACUGGGAUAGAGAUGGCACCAAGCAGACAAUCACUUUAACGGGUCUUUCUUAACAAUGACUAGGGCUUAUUUAUACCAUAGUGACCAUAAUGAGAAAGGUGUCUUAACUAACCCAUACGACAUUGAAAACCCCCCAAAGCCAAUUGGAUCUCAAUCCAGACAAAUGUCACUAUUAACAGCUACCUCCAUGAGUGGUGUGUUUGAAAUAUGCAUUAUAAUUGUAGUCAUUCGAUAUUUUUGAAAAACACUGUGUACCCUGUUUUUAGACCAAUCAUUUAGUGACUGAUUUUUUUUUUGUCUUGAACAGUCUGGAUAUCCCUGGCAAAGAAACAAAACCUGGAAUAUCUCUAACCUCUGAUCUUGUUAACUAAUUGAAAAGCAUUUUUUUUACAAUGUUUGUCUAAACUAGCAAUGACAGUCUGAUAUGAGCCUAUAGUCCUUCUCCCUUUGCUAGACUCUGUUUUUGGUAAAGUUCCUAUAGAACUGCAUAAAAACAAUGUCACUUCAUGAGUGGCUACUGUAGCUACUCACUUUUCCUAUACCACUUUGGCUAUCAAGGCACACAUUACCAUGAAUGUGUUCAGCUGCCUCAGUCUCUCUGUGUCCUUUUGAGAAUGCUGUAUUAUACUGUCCUUGGACGCUUGCUGGUCCUCAGCUGGCUGCAGAUCCUGCAGAUCACCAUGGCAUGCUUGUAGGCCUCUGUCACGUUCUCACAGUCUGUGAUGGACACAACUGCCUCAGCAGGCCUUGCCCAAGCCCCUCUUCUCGGAUGUCCAGGAGGUUGUCAGUGGACACGCAGUCCCUCAUGGUGCCCUCGGCUGGGCAUUCGCUGGGCGCCACUGGCCCCACGCGGUCAGGCAGAUCCAGCUGGUCAAAGGCCUCUGAGGAGAGGAUACUGUCCUUGCUGAUUGCUCCGCUGGGUCGUGCUCACAUGCCACCUCUUGGCAGGGAGGCCAGCAGCUGGUCCAGAGACCCAAACUCCUGCAGGCUGCCUGAGGAGAACUUGCUGUGGCACUUCAGGAUGCCCUUCCUAAUUUGGCUGAUAUGA